AGCUACGAUACCAUUAUUCGUCCACACCUAAACGCAGAUUUCAUCAUGGCAUCAAAUGCGUUGGAAAAUAAGGUAGCUAUGGUGACGGGGGGAUCAUCUGGAAUGGGUCGAUCCAUUGCACUUGGACUCGCGAAACAUGGCGCAAAAAUCGUCUGUUGUGAUUUGAAGCAAAGCGCAAACCCAAACGGCUACGAGGCGGAUAAAGACGUGCCAACCGCAGACCUCGUCGUGAAAAAUGGAGGCGCCGCAAUCUUUUGCCAAAUAGACAUAUCAAACGCCGAACAAGUCAAAGAUGGGUUUGAGAAGACGAUAUCGACCUUCGGACGUCUCGACAUGGUCAUCAACUGCGCCGGCUACUGGGCGCCCUUCCGCACGUUCGCUGAAGAAGACGACGAGCUCUGGUCUAAGAUGAGCGCAGUAAAUACGCUAGGAACGGCGCGGAUGUGCCGUUCAGCUAUCCAGCAGUUCCUGAAGCAAGACGUGGACCUCAAAUGGGGAAGUAGAGGACGAAUUGUGAACAUCUCGUCCUGUGCGGGAAACUUUGGAUUCCCUGGGGAAGUCGCAUAUUCUGCUACCAAAGCGGCAAUCAACCACAUGACGCGUGCUGGUGCUCUUGAUCAUGCUAAGGAUUACAUCAAUGUCAAUUGUGUUUCGCCAGGUGUGGUAGCGACUGGAAUGGCGAGACAGAAUUUCGAAAACAACGCAAUCCACGAGACGAUGCAGAAGGCCACACCAUGGCCGCGAUUGGGGACGGCGGAGGAUAUUGCAGAAGCAGUUGUGUUUCUUUGCUUGCCUGGGUCGCAGUGGAUGACGGGGCAGAUCCUGUCGGUGGAUGGUGGAAUGACGAUUGGGGUGCCGCCUCCGUCGUAGAUGAAGCAUCUGGGCAGGGGAGGGAGACCGAAGGAAGAUAGAGAAGUACCUAGCCCCUUUAGGCCAUGUCACGUCGUAAAGGAGUAAAACUCCUGCAUUCAACCAACUUU